CCGGCCGGCCCCCCGCGGCGGAAAAGCGCAGCCGGUCGGGCACGAUGGGCGCCCCGCCCGCGCAGGCCGGCCCCACGCCGCCCCCGAGCACCUGCGCGCCCCGGAGGGGCCCCGGGCUCUGAGCGCGCCGCGGCACAGGAUUCUGCCUCAGAAGCACAUAAAGUAGAUUGCUCGUUCUAAAGUAGAAAACAGUGGCAACGUUUUGCUGAGCUUCCAGACCUUUCCCAAAAUGGAACCAAUAACAUUCACGGCGAGGAGACAUCUGUUUCCUAACGAGGCCUCAGUGGACUUCGGCCUGCAGCUGGUCGGUUCCUUGCCUGUGCACGCUCUGACCACCAUGCCGAUGCUGCCGUGGGUCGUGGCCGAGGUGCGCAGGCUCAGCGGGCAGUCCUCCAAAAAGGAGCCUGGUACCAAGCAGGUCCGGCUUUGUGUUUCACCCUCCGGAUUGAGAUGUGAACCCGAGCCGGGCAGAAGUCAACAGUGGGAUCCACUGAUCUGUUCCAGCAUCUUCGAGUGUAAGCCCCAGCACGUUCACAAACUGAUCCACAACAGCCACGAUCCAAGUUACUUUGCUUGUCUGAUUAAGGACAAUGCAGGCAGCCAGCAGAGUAUCUGCUACGUGUUCAAGGCCGACGAUCAAACAAAAGUGCCUGAGAUCAUCAGCUCCAUCCGACAGGCCGGGAAGAUUGCCCGCCAGGAGGAGCUGCAUUGCCCGUCUGAGUUCGAUGAGACGUUUGCCAAGAAGUUUGAGGUGCUCUUCUGUGGCCGGGUGACAGUGGCUCACAAGAAGGCCCCUCCGGCCCUGAUCGACGAGUGCAUCGAGAAGUUCAAUCACUUCAGCUGCAGCAGGAAAGCCGAAUUUGACUUGGUCUCCCAGGAUUCUGAAACCCCAAAUCCUGUGGGAGGGCUUUCCUUCACGGAUAAGUUCCGAUCUGUGCUCCAGCCGGUGGGGAAUGGGGAGCAGGGCGGGAGGCCCAUGCGCAAAUCCUUCUCCCAGCCCGGCCUGCGCUCUUUGGCCUUUAAGAAGGAAUUUCAAGAUGGAAGCCUUCGAAGUAGUAGUCUCUUCAGGUCCUUUGAGGAAAACGACAUUGAGAACCACCUAAUUAGCGGACACAAUAUUGUGCAGCCGACAGAUAUUGAGGAAAAUCGAACUAUGCUCUUCACGAUUGGCCAGUCUGAAGUUUACCUCAUCAGUCCUGACACCAAAAAAAUAGCAUUGGAGAAAAACUUUAAGGAAAUAUCCUUUUGCUCUCAGGGUAUUAGACAUGUGGACCAUUUCGGGUUUAUCUGCCGAGAGGCUUCAGGGGGCGGAGGCUUUCAUUUCGUCUGUUACGUGUUUCAGUGCACAAAUGAGGCUCUGGUUGAUGAGAUUAUGAUGACCCUGAAGCAGGCUUUCACUGUGGCUGCGGUGCAGCAGACGGCUAAAACACCUGCCCAGCUGUGUGAGGGCUGCCCCUUGCAGGGCCUGCACAAGCUGUGUGAGCGGAUAGAGGGAAUGAAUUCUUCCAAAACCAAACUAGAACUCCAGAAACACCUGACGACGUUGACUAAUCAGGAGCAAGCAACUAUUUUUGAGGAGGUUCAGAAAUUGCGACCAAGGAAUGAGCAGCGAGAGAAUGAAUUGAUUAUUUCUUUCCUGAGGUGUUUAUAUGAAGAGAAACAAAAAGUUCACACCCAUGUUGGGGAGAUAAAGCAGACAUCACAGAUUGCAGCGGAGAAUAUUGGAAGUGAGUUACCACCUAGUGCCGCUCGACUGAGGCUGGAUAUGCUGAAAAACAAAGCAAAGAGAUCUUUAACAGAGUCUUUAGAAAGUAUUUUGUCCCGGGGUAAUAAAGCCAGAGGCCUACAGGAACAUUCUGCCAGUCUGGAUCUGGACAGCUCCUUGUCUAGCACAUUAAGUAACACCAGCAAAGAGCCAUCUGGGUGUGACAGAGAGGCCGUGCCCGCCUCUGACAGCUCCUUCAGGCUCCUCGGCUCCUCGGAUGACCUGUCCAGUGACUCGGAGAGCCGGCCCGCUGAAGAGCCUGCCCCACUGACGCCCCAGCAGGGCUUCAGAAGGCGGGCGAACACCCUGAGUCACUUCCCUGUGCAAUGCGAGGAGCCUCCAGAACCGGCACAGGGGUCUCCAGGGGUCGCCCAGAGGAAACUUAUGAGGUAUCACUCAGUGAGCACAGAGACGCCUCAUGAACGAAAUGUGAAUCAUCCACCCGUUGGCGAGUCUAAAAGUUGCUCAGGUCAGUCUUCAGCUCCUGCUCCUCCACCUCGUCUUAACCCCUCUGCCUCCUCGCCAAAUUUUUUUAAGUACCUAAAGCAUAGCUCGAGCGGAGAACAAAGUGGGAAUGCUGUGCCAAAGAGCAUCUCCUACCGUAAUGCCCUGCGGAAAAAACUUCGUUCUUCUUCCUCUGUGCCAAACUUUCUAAAAUUUCUGGCUCCUGUAGAUGAAAAUAACACCUCUGAUUUUAUGAGCGCAAAAAGGGACUUUGACUCCAAAGCUAACCACCUAGGCGAUGUCUGCGGGACCCCCGUGAAGACGCGGAGACACUCCUGGCGGCAGCAGAUAUUCCUCCGAGUGGCGACCCCACAGAAAGCGUGCGAUUCUCCCAGCAGAUACGAAGAUUACUCUGAGCUGGGAGAGCUACCGCCACGAUCUCCUUUAGAACCGGUUUGUGAAGAUGGGCCCGCUGGCCCUGUCCCAGAGGAGAGGAAAAGGACAUCUCGAGAGCUUCGAGAGUUAUGGCAAAAGGCUAUUCUACAGCAGAUCCUGCUGCUCAGAAUGGAGAAGGAAAAUCAGAAGCUGCAAGCCUCUGAAAGCGAUUUGCUGAACAAGCGCCUAAAGCUUGAUUAUGAAGAAAUCACUCCUUGUCUUAAAGAAGUGACCACAGUGUGGGAAAAGAUGCUUAGCACGCCAGGAAGAUCAAAAAUUAAGUUUGACAUGGAAAAAAUGCAUUCGGCUGUUGGGCAAGGUGUGCCACGUCAUCACCGGGGGGAGAUCUGGAAAUUCCUAGCAGAGCAGCACCACCUCAAACACCAGUUUCCCAGUAAGCAGCAGCCAAAGGACACGCCAUACAAAGAACUCUUGAAACGGCUCACCUCCCAACAGCACGCGAUUCUUAUUGACCUCGGGCGAACCUUUCCAACACAUCCCUACUUCUCGGCGCAGCUGGGGGCGGGCCAGCUCUCACUUUACAACAUUCUGAAGGCCUACUCGCUUCUCGACCAGGAAGUGGGGUACUGCCAGGGUCUCAGCUUUGUAGCGGGCAUCUUGCUGCUUCACAUGGGUGAGGAAGAGGCAUUUCACAUGCUCAAGUUCCUGAUGUUUGAAAUGGGACUGCGGAAACAGUACCGGCCGGACAUGAUUAUUUUACAGAUCCAGAUGUACCAGCUCUCGAGGCUUCUUCACGAUUACCACAGAGACCUCUACAAUCACCUCGAGGAGCAUGAGAUCGGCCCGAGCCUCUAUGCCGCCCCCUGGUUUCUCACCGUGUUUGCCUCACAGUUCCCUCUGGGAUUUGUAGCCAGAGUCUUCGAUAUGAUCUUUCUUCAGGGAUCAGAGGUCAUAUUUAAAGUGGCAUUAAGUCUGUUGGGAAGCCAUAAGCCCUUGAUUCUGCAACAUGAAAACCUAGAAACCAUAGUUGACUUUAUAAAAAACACCCUUCCCAACCUGGGCUUGGUGCAAAUGGAAAAGACCAUCAGUCAGGUGUUUGAGAUGGAUAUCUCUAAGCAGUUACAAGCCUAUGAAGUCGAGUACCAUGUGCUUCAAGAAGAACUUAUCGAUUCCUCUCCUCUCAGUGACAACCAAAGAAUGGACAAAUUAGAGAAGACCAACAGCAGCUUGCGCAAACAGAACCUUGACCUACUGGAGCAACUGCAGGUGGCAAACAGUAGGAUCCAGAGCCUGGAGGCCACCGUUGAGAAGCUUCUGAGCAGCGAAAGCAAGCUGAAGCAGGCCACCCUCGCCCUGGAGCUGGAGCGGGCCGCCCUGCUGCAGGUGGUGGGGGAGCUUCGGAGGCAGACGGCCACAGAGCCAAGCGGCCCGGAGCCUGACCUCACAUGGCCCGGGCCCACUGGGACUGACCGCACAGGAGACGGCUCCUGAGGAGACACUGUGGCCCUGCCCCAACACUGUCCAGGCCUUAACUGAGAGGGACAGAAGAUGCUGGAGGGAGAGAACGAGGCACGACGCGUGCUUCUCAGGGAGGAGACUGGCUUGCCAGCCUGCAGACUGGCCUGAACUAAAACUUGCAAGUCAUGGGGAUGGAUGUCCCGGUGUUUCUGUUGUCGUUUAGGUUGUAUUUCGUCCUUCUCCAGUCCUGAUUACUGUACCCGGUAGGUUUAGAUGGCAUGGAUGUGAAUAAAUGCACCUUUCUGUUUC